UCAAAUCAUUUGGUGUCAAAUAGCUUCUACAAUCUACAACCGUAGCGGAAGACCACUCUUUCGGCUUCGUUGGAUGUAAUUUUUUUCCUUUGCUUUGGUUUUCUACAAAACAUUUGAUCUUGUUUACGGAAAACGUCCACUAUUUUUACUGUAUUAAAAUUAAUUAAUUAUUUAAUUUAAUACAAAUAUGGGUAAACCUCGUGGUAUUCGUACGGCACGUAAACAUGUUAACCACCGUCGUGUGCAAAAGUGGGCUGAUAAAGAUUAUAAAAAAGCUCAUUUGGGAACAAGAUGGAAGGCCAAUCCUUUCGGAGGAGCAUCUCACGCUAAAGGAAUCGUUUUAGAAAAAGUUGGAGUUGAAGCCAAACAACCAAACUCUGCUAUCCGUAAGUGUGUCCGUGUACAAUUAAUUAAGAACGGAAAGAAAAUCACUGCAUUCGUUCCCCGGGAUGGUUGUUUAAAUUAUAUUGAAGAAAACGAUGAAGUUUUAGUAGCUGGAUUCGGUAGGAAAGGUCACGCUGUUGGAGAUAUUCCUGGGGUACGUUUCAAGGUUGUCAAAGUUGCAAAUGUAUCAUUGCUUGCUUUGUACAAAGAAAAGAAAGAGAGACCUAGGUCUUAAAAAAUCAUAAUAUUGGUAACAUUUUUUUUUUUUUUGUAUGAAUAAAGCUUUACA